GAAUGUGUGAUUCUUGGCAUUGAGAAAACAAAAUAAUUAUGUCUGUAUUACGUAAUCUGACUCGUAAUUACACAAUUGCCUCAACUUUUCUCAUCCCUCUAAGAGCAUGCUCAACAUCAGCGCUCUCCAGCGAACUACGACAGAGGUUGUCUGAUAUGGUUGCAGCGAAAGAUAUAGUAAUUUUCAUGAAAGGAGUGCCUACGGCGCCUCAGUGUGGUUUCAGUAAUGCUGUCGUACAGAUUUUAAAGAUGCACGGAGUUGAGGAUUACAAUGCGCAUAAUGUUCUGGAAGAAAAUGAAAUCAGAGAAGGCGUGAAAUCUUUUUCAAACUGGCCAACCAUCCCACAAGUCUACUUUAAAGGAGAGUUUAUUGGAGGAUGUGACGUUCUUCUUCAGAUGCAUCAAUCGGGCGAUAUUGUGGAGGAACUUCAAAAACUGGGCAUCAAAUCUAAACUUUUAACGCAAGCAGAAAAUGAAGCGAAGAAAGACUGAAUAACUAAAAGCAUCCACCCUUUCCUUGCCUAUAAACUGAAUGUAAAAUAUUUUUUAUUG